CCUGUGGUCCUCAAACCUGAAUUUACCAGGUGCAGGAAACUAUGUUUGGCCUUGUCCUUUUAUUUUUCCUGAGUUUAGUUAGGGAAUCUUGUUCCCGUAACACGGAAGAAGAUGAGAUGGUAGGUGAGAGCGAGCAGCCAGGGAGACUCAGUACUUCUGGAAGGCUGCUUAAAACACCGCUUUCGUGCUCGGGUCAGUGCACCGCGUGUGUGAUUUGGGUUUCAUUGGAAUCAUUCGCCACAGAUGUAAUUUCCAUAGGCGGUUUGACAUGCAGCCCUCUGGGAGCUGUUCGGUCUGUCGGGAUUUCGGGGAGCAACCCCGUGGGGCCGAUGCGCUUCCCCCCCAACCCCCAGAGGGCGCUGUGGGCGCCUCCGCCGCACUGCCUGCGGCGUCCCGGGGAGGAGCCUCUCGUGCAGCCGCCGCCGCCUCCGCGAUCGCAAACCCGGAAGACGCCUCUGGCAGCUGGACUGUGCGGGCCGGCCCGGCACGGCCAUGCAGCCGCUGGAGGUAGAUCUAGUUCCCGCUCCAGCGAGGGAGCCGAGAUUGACCCGCUGGCUGCGUAGAGGCAGUGGGAUCUUGGCGCACCUGGUAGCUUUGGGCUUCACCAUCUUUCUGACUGUGCUGUCCCGGCCGGGAACCAGUCUUUUCUCCUGGCACCCUGUAUUCAUGGCCUUGGCGUUCUGCCUCUGCAUGGCUGAGGCCAUCCUGCUCUUCUCUCCUGAGCACUCCCUGUUCCUCUUCUGCUCCCGAAAAGCUCGGAUCCGGCUCCACUGGGCGGGGCAGACCCUAGCCAUCCUCUGUGCUGCCCUGGGCUUGGGCUUCAUCAUCUCCAGCAAGAUCCGAAGUGAGUUGCCUCACCUGGUGUCCUGGCACAGCUGGGUAGGAGUUCUGACACUACUGGUCACUGGUGGCCAGGCAUUGUGUGGGCUGUGCCUGCUCUGUCCUCGGGCAGCCAGGGUCUCCAGGGUAGCUCGCCUCAAGCUCUACCAUCUGACAUGUGGACUGGUGGUCUACCUGAUGGCUACAGCAACCGUGCUCCUGGGUAUGUACUCAGCAUGGUUCCAGGCUCAGAUCAAAGGUGCAGCCUGGUACUUGUGCCUGGCACUGCCAAUGUACCCAGCCCUAGUUAUUAUGCACCAGAUCUCCAGCUCCUACUUGCCAAGGAAGAAGAUGGAAAUGUGAGUGCUUCUGAACUCUCAAUCUAGGUGGGAUACUUACCUUGGACUUCAGUGGUUCCUUGGUGACCUUCAAGGGACCUACUUCAGAAGUGAUCGGGUUUUGCACUUUGUGGUUGGGCCAGGGGCUGCAGAAACCCAAGCUGCUAUUGUUGAAGGAUGAUUCUGUGGACUCCAGUGGGGAAAUGUAUUGGGAAGAUAAUGUACUGGAAGAUAAUAGAGAACUUGAGCCUGAAGCCUUCAUUCUUAAAGGGAGGCAGAAGUAUUAGGUGUUAGUGGGUGACAGUGGCUAUCUUGCUUGUAUACCAGAUGAAGAGCUGAGUUCCUGUAAGUUAUGAAUGGCAGCCAUGGCUGUUUGCCCCUGCCCUCCACCCUUUUGUUUUGUUUUUUUGAGACAAGGUCUCGCUCUGUAGCUAAGUUGGCCUGGGACUUACUAUUUAACCCAGGCUAGCCUCAAACUUGUGAUUCUCCUGACUCAACCUUCCAAGUGCUGGGAUUAUAGGCAUGUUCCACCACACCCAGCACGGGUCCCUUUUGAAAAAGUAGUGUGAAGGAGAGAGCCCAUGGGUCUUCCUUAUGGUUCUCUUAGGCUCUGUUGUACAAGAAACCUUAGGUAAGUUCCAUACCUCAGGACCUCAGUUUCCUCGAAAGUGAAUGUUUCUAAACAUUCUAAGUCCCUUCCAUCUCUAAUAUUCACUGUCUUAUCUGGUUGAUGUCACUAGACACUUGAACCACUUAGCUGAUUCGGGAUGUAAUUCUUACAUUCAUUCUCCCUCUACUUCCCUAAAGGGGAGCCCUUAAGAAAUCUGUGCUGAUUUGGCCCCUGAACCAGGGUACAGUCUGUGGAGAGAGGGUGCAGGAGAGGGUUUUCUAUACUCCGUGACAGUAAAGGUACUAAAGUCACUUUAAAGUUUUUGGAGGGGCAGAAGGGCAUUGACCUAACCAAGCCUUUGGCUCUUGACUGGGCUCCUUAGCUCAGUUGAGAACUUCCUUCAGCGCACCUGGGGAUCAGGGCUGCAGAGGCUCAGGGCAAAGUAUUGCCAGUUAUCUUGUGCUUUGCCUGUCUUAGGGGCUUGCCUUAGUUCGUUCCUUCAUGGAGCAAUUCUGAAGCUUUUAGAACAAAAUAAGGGCCAAGGAGUGGGCUCUUUUGAUCUAAGGGAAACAAACUGUCCCCAGAUCCCCUUCUCCUGCCAUUUAAGCUUUCCUUAGUUGUUCUCUCCUGCCAGUUCUUUGGUCCAAGAAGGGGCUGAGUUUAAUGUCAUCUGGCAAAUGAGGGCUGGGCUCUUUUUCUGCAGAGACACCUCCUUGCUCUAACUGAAAGUAGUUCUCCAGACUGCCCUGGGUAAUGAGGGCUGGAUGCCAGACUAGUUAGCUGUGAUCUUGCUCAUUCUGGAGCUCUGGUGCAUUCUGGAGAUGAAGGACUGAAGGACUGAAGACAGCUGAGCCAGAAAAUGCCAGCAGCAUUUCAUGCAGGGAGAUGCAACCCACUGGAAACUUUAGGAGGCCUGGGGUGUAGGGGCUGGAGCUCUGGUUCCUUGGACCAGGGAGAGACAUUCCUCCAUGUCAGUAUAGGAUGUCCCAGGUCUUUCCAAAAAUUCAGGGCCUCCUCACCAGGUGGCUCAGAAGCAAGAAGGCUGGUGUGAUUCAGUAGCACAGGAAUGGGAACUGCAAAGGCAGAGUUGACCUCACUAUGCCUUUUCUUGCGUGAGAGGGCCUCUCCCAGCAGCUCUGUAAACAUGGCACCUGAAGGAGGCCCCUGCAGUGCAGAGGGUGAUUACUCCUGUCUCCUACUUGCCCACUCCUCGCUCAAGCUGCCCAAUUAGUGUGACCCAAGUGGGUCACUUUGCUCCAAGGAUUCCAUCUCUUCUCCCCUCAUCAUGGCCAAGGAUAGGGGUCUCUUCUUGCCUACACAGUGUGGGCCAGAUAAGGUUCACAAGCUUGAUCUGGGAGCAAGCAGGCAGGCAAAGCCGGGAAUCCUGAGCCUGCCUGAGGUGUUGCCUCCUCCCAGGUGGUGCGGAGGCUGGUGGGCGGGCGGGCAAGCAUGCUGACAGCCGGCAGUUUGCGUGGGCUGUGCCAUCUGAUGUCUAUUCCCAGCCCUGGAGGAAGGGGAGUCAUUUAUAUUCUGCAGGAGGAAGGGACCCAGCUGUCGCCUCUCUGACCAGUAGGCUUGGAGGGCAGGGGUACAGGUAGAAGGGAGGGCACAGGUAAUCGCCUCCUGCUUAGCUGAGUCUGACUGCAGUAUGGGGAGUAGGUCACCAGGAGGAGCUCUUCUUCCUGGCAGGCCAGAUUGUGGGGGAACUUGCCUCCCCUCCUGUCUUUCCAUUUCUCCCUCCAUCACCACAUCCUGGGGCGGCAGCUGGACAAGCAUUAGACUUCAGUGCCAGGGCCCUUUUCCUCCAGCUGGGAUCUCAGUGGCUGCUGGCCUCCUCUUUCCUACACCCUCUCGCCCCACCCUCUCUGGUAUCUCCUAGUGUCAGGUAUUAGCUGUGCUUCUCCAUGGUGAGUCUCAGGUCUGCUCAGCUGAAUGAAAGGGGAGAAGCAAAUGGUUGUCCUUUGCCCUUGUUUCCCGACUAGGGAAAGCUACCAGUAGUCAGCUUGUUUUGCUAAAAAAAAAAAAAAAAAAAAAA